AUGCCACCUCCAUCGACCAGAGCAUCAGUCCUUCGACUUCUCAACCUCACCUCAAACCAGGGUUGCAGGGGAUGUGGGCGAACUCACUCCGCUCUCGAUCAUCAUUCGCAUGGACAUGGACACAAAGGAGUAAGAGGAAUGGCUACUCCCGUGGAGAAGGCUACGGGCGGUCCACCACCUGGUAACACAGAUUAUGCCUUUGAGAUGGCAGCUUCUACACUUCGAUUCGGGCCCCACGCGACCCGAGAAGUAGGCAUGGACCUAUCUAACAUGAUCAAACAGCUUCCAGCGAUGGACCGAUCAAAUGCCAAGAUCGGUAUCUUCACCGAUCCGAAUGUCGUCAAAUUACCCGUCAUGGAGGUGGUCGAAGAGAGCUUAAUGAGGGAAGGGUUGAAUUGGGUAGUUUGGGAUAAUUGCUCGGUGGAACCGACUGAUAAAUCAUGGCAGGAAGCAAUCGAUUUCUCCCGUUCAUCCCAUAUCACCCACUUUUUAGCUGUCGGAGGUGGAUCAUCGAUGGAUACAGCCAAGGCUGCCAACUUGUUCACCAAUUAUCCCGAAUCAGAUUUAUAUGAGUUCAUAAAUGCUCCAAUCGGGAAAGGUAAACCGAUCGAGAAGAAACUGAGUCCUUUGAUUGCUAUACCAACUACAGCUGGUACCGGAUCAGAAACUACCGGAACUGCCAUCCUCGAUAUUCCAUCUAGACAAUUCAAAACGGGUAUAGCAUCCAGAGCAUUGAAACCGACUUUGGGUAUCGUAGAUCUGAAUAAUACUGCUACUUGUCCUAAGGAAGUGGCUAUAGCUGCUGGAUUGGACGUGUUGUUUCAUUCUCUCGAGAGUUGGACAGCUGUUCCGUACAACGAACGAACACCGAGACCCGCCAAUCCAAUAAACAGACCCGCAUACCAAGGAUCAAACCCAGUCUCAGAUAUCUUCUCUCGAUGGGCAUUGGAAACGACUAUCAAGUACCUUCCUAGAAUCGCCAAGGAUCCAUACGGAGAUGAAGAAGCUAGAGCUCAGAUGUUGCUGGCGGCUAGUACGGCUGGUAUUGGAUUUGGUAAUGCGGGUGUACACAUGUGUCACGCAUUCUCAUAUCCUAUCUCAUCGCUUAACAAAGGUCGACCCACCAAUCUUCAAUACUAUCAUCCAUCUUACUCACCCAAGAUACCCCUCAUCCCCCACGGUGUAGCUGUAUCUCUGACCGCACCGGCCGUAUUCGAAUUUACCGCUCCAUCUUCACCCAAGCGUCAUCGUGAGGCAUUAGAGGUAUUUUUGGGUAAAGAGAGAUCACAUGAGGCUGGGAAUGUGAAAGAUGAAGAUCUAGGUAAAGCGCUUAGUGAGGAGAUUAAGAAGUUCUUGGACCUCGUGGAAGUUCCUAGAGGCUUGGAGAAGGUUGGUUACGGCUCUGGAGAUAUUACCAAGCUCGUGGACGGUUGUUUACCUCAACGAAGAGUACUGGACCUCGCUCCGCUGUUAGCUAAAGAUGAUCUGGUUCUGGAGAAGGAACAAUUAGCAGGAAUCGUGGAAGGAUCGUUGAGAUGGUAA